AUGUGUGAAGCGACCUUCAAAUUCACUCCACCCCCCGAGGCACCUGUUUUCCGUCCAACGCUCAAGGAGUUCGAAGAUCCCCUACUCUAUCUAGACAAAAUUCGCCCUGUAGGAACAAAGACCGGCAUUUGUAAAAUCAUUCCACCUAAGGUAUUGUCAAUCGAUUUUGGAGUUUAUCAGACCUUCCAGGGUUGGAAUCCCCCAUUUGCUGUGGAUGUGAACACUUUUCGUUUUACUCCAAGGAUUCAGAGGCUUUACGAGCUUGAGGCACACUCGCGUCUUAAGCUGGAUUUUAUUGGCAAACUUUAUCAGUUUUUCCGUCUUCAGGGCAUGGAAAAACUCAAAAUUCCCAAUGUUGGGGGUCAAUAUCUUGAUGUCUACUGGCUUCAUAAGCAUGUGAUAAAUGCUGGGGGCUAUGAGAAGGUGAAUUCAUCCAAGCUCUGGUCUCAAAUGGCCGAGCGUUUAGGUUAUCCAGGCGGAAAAUUCGCCAUGGCUAUGAAGACGAACUAUGAGAAACUCCUACUUAAAUAUGAGCUCGUGGUUACUGCUCACUCCGCUUCUGGCGGAAGUGGGAAAAGAUCAUCAAAUUCGGGCGAUGUAAAAGCUAUUCCAGCUAAAAGGACUCGUCUACAUGCUCAGGAGGAUGAUACAAAAAUUGAUUACACGGCUAGCAAGGAACUAAAAAAUCUCCAGUUUUUCGGCGCAGGACCUAAAACUGUGGUGCCAAUUGGAGAAAUCGCUGCAUCACUAAAAGUCAAACAAGAAAGUACUGGUGAUUACUUCUGCCGAGUGUGCGGUAUGGGUAACAACGAGGCGUUCUUGCUGAUCUGCUCCACCUCAUCAUGUCAGGCUUGCUACCACACUUAUUGCCUUAUGCCACCACUAGCGGGAGUACCGCACUACCAGUGGAAGUGUCCUGAGUGCGUCCGAUCGAUCUGCUCCCGUCCAAUGGACUCCUUCGGUUUUCCCCAAUCAUCUAAGUCCUACACUCUCCACGAAUUCGGCGUCCGUGCUGACGCCUUCAAAGCCAAGUACUUCAGAAGGGAGCCCAGUUCAGUGCCGUGCGAGGAAGUGGAGCAGGAAUUCUGGCGCAUCCUUCAGGAAUAUACAGAGGAUGUGGUGGUAGAGUAUGGUGCCGAUGUCCACGCCAGCGAUCAGGGCUCUGGAUUUCCCACUGAACUUCAGCUAGCUCGAGCACCCCACCUCUUUGCCUCUGCUGAACAGAGACGUCAGGCCCUUGUUUACGCUCAAAGUCCCUGGAACCUCAACAAUCUCCCAAUCUAUGGCAACUCGGUUCUUCGUUUCAUCAAGGGCAACGUGGAUGGAAUGAAGGUGCCUUGGUGUUACGUAGGCAUGGUCUUCUCCACCUUCUGCUGGCACAUCGAAGAUCACUGGAGCUGUUCCAUAAACUUCAACCACUGGGGCGAGCCAAAAACGUGGUACGGUGUGUCUAGUGCGGACGCGGUGUUAUUUGAGCGUGCAAUGCGCAAACAGGCGGGUGAAUUGUUCGAUCUAUCGCCGGAUCUGCUGCACCACAUCACCACCAUCAUGAACCCAAAUCUGCUACAGGCUGAGGGUGUACCCAUCUACCGCACUGACCAGCAUUGUGGCGAAUUUGUAGUCACCUUCCCUCGUGCCUACCACGCUGGCUUCAAUCAGGGUUUUAACUUUGCUGAGGCUGUUAAUGUCUGUCCGCCCGCCUGGCUACCAAUAGGACGCGCAUGCGUAGAACACUAUGCAGAGAUGCACCGUCAGUGUGUCUUCUCCAACGAUGAAUUGCUAUUUCGCCUAGCAGAAGUCAUUGCAGGCCGACGGGAGAUGGUCGAUUGUGCCACUUACACGGAGAUGGCGGCCGAGCGCUUCCGAGAUCGCGAAAGUGCCAGCCGAACUUGUUUCGAGGCGGAGGACCUCCGCAUCAUCUAUGAAGAGUUCUCCACUGUAGUGGGUCGUGAGGUGCGCGCGCGUCGUCAUCUCCUUCCACUGUGUGCUCGUGCCGUCCAUUUUCGCAUUGAUCGCAUGUCGGAGCACGCUACCGGGGAUGAGGAUGAAGAUGAUGACGAGCGCAUUUGUGCAGUGUGUCAGACCACGCUUUUCUUCUCCGCUAUUGCUUGUCCCUGCAAGGCACCUGAUUUGACAAAUGAGAGUGUGCAUCCGCCUCGAAUUCAGGGAAAGAAACGUGGGUCUGCUCCGGCAGCGCCAAGUUGUGCUGAUGGGAAACCAAAACAUGCAUUCAUGGUGUGUCUGGACCAUGUAGAGUCGGUUUGUGAGCGCUGUCCAUUGUCACAGUGCACCCUCUACUACACCCAUAGCCUGGAAGAAUUGGAGGAGAUGCGUGACGCAUUCGCUGCUCGAAUGGAUGCCUACGCAGCCUGGCGACGCACUUUCACGCCUUUCUUCCUGGAAAAUUCUGCAUCUGCCACUGCCCCCUCUGCCUCCCUCCCCGUCCCCAGGGUCAGUCUAGACACCUUUGAGCGGCAGUUGAAAGACGCACAACUGUUUGGAUAUCACACGGAUCAACUCUACAAACGAGCAAACAGCUAUCUGGAAGGCGUGAAGGACCUCCUACGCGUCUGUGAAAAAGCAGCAGACUUUAUCCUUGGACGUAAUCCCAUUCCUUCCACCACGGAGGGGCAUUUGCUAGAGUUCCAAUUGAAACGGCAUACGGGGACAUCAUCAUCCAGAGGGGGUGGCAAAGGUGUUACCCACAUCCUUCAGCACAGUAUUGAUUUAACAAAUCCACGAGAAACUGAUUUUCUCAGCCUUCUUGAAGCCGUGGAAUUGGAGGAAGCGUCAGCUCCUGUGAACUUGACGCAAAGGUCUAAUUCGGAAGGCAAUGGAGAAUGUGAAACUGAGUACGAAACGCUCCCUAGCUUAGCGAGUCUUCGACGUCUUUUCCACAAUCGAUUGCCAAAGUGGCGCGCAGAGGUAUUGGUGGCGGUGGAAGAGGAUGCUGUACAGCGCAACAGUCUUGAACACUCAUCCCUGUCCCAUCUUCAGUCUCGUCUUGCUAUUCUUGUACUCCAUCUGCGUGAAGAAUUUCCCGGCUGGUGUAAACACUCGGCGGAAGUCAAAAUUGUUGCUUUGAUGGAAGAGGCGUGUCGGUGGAUUUCCGCCUCGGGUGAAGAUGGCAGUGAUGUUGGGGGUGAAUGGCGUAGUCUUCCAGGCCUCCGCCAAUAUCUGUCGCAGGGGGAAGAACUCGUGGCACGUCUCACAGCCGCAACUGACAUAAUCACCAACUCUGAUGCAAGUACCGAUAAUGGUAAUCUGCGGACUGUCGGGACUCGUCGUCACCGUGGCGAUGACGAUGGCGAUGGUAGCUCCGUCAUGAACACCUCCCCACCCCCCGCUGUCACGGUGGCUUGCAGGCCGAUACUGGAACAGCUCAAAACUCGAAUUAAUAAUGUCAUCCCUGCCAUCUCUCAAAUGUUCAAUCAGGCUUGCUCCACACUCUCGGUGUUGGUAGAGAAGGUGCAGGACUUACAACUGACAAAAUGGGCAGCAAAGAGUAACCUCUCCGCUGUGGGACAGAGUCUGGCCAAUCUUGCCUGCUUCGGUGUUCACUGUGUGGGCGAGGAGGCGGAGGAGGAACUAGUUAAGCUGGCUGAUGCUACUGGACUGGUGCAAUGCCUUACUACGUGUCUUGCUGGACCCACUGAGUCCGACCAUCAGAGCCACCAUCUUCGUGCAGCGAAGACUACGAAGAUGGAUGAGGAGGAUGUGGCAUCGUCCACUGCACGAUUGGUGUUUGCCUGGUGUGUCCAAGUGACCCACCGCUUCCUCACCAAUAAUGAACAGUCUGAGUGUCCGGAAAACCCCGAGUUGUGGCUGUGCCAUCUUUCAAGUCUUAUUGCUGUGGAGGAAUUUAUUUUUGGCGCUAAUUAUACCAAAGAAGGAAAAUCAGGUAUUGCCCUUCCUUCGGAGUUAGAACAAUGUCGUCAUAAAUUUGACACCUUCUGCGAUCUUCAUUUAAAGAGCUUCCACAGUAUGGCGGGUCAAUUCGUUAAUAAUGUUGGCACAUCUUUGCCGCUUGAUCUCUUCAAUCUCAUUCUUGAGGUCACGGUUUCCUAUCCCAUCGCGGAUGACACAUUGCUACAACUCCAUCAAGCCACCUUUAAACAGGAUUUUGAGGGCUUUGAGCGUCUUCUUAAAACCUGUUUCGAAGCGUACAGCUCCAAAGUUCACUCCGCUUUACAAGGCAUCAAAUCCGACGACCUGUGUCACGCGUGCCAUGAACGUCUUGGAUUGGCUGAGACCGCUAUGAAACCAUUGGAUGUCUGUCCUCUGUGCCCUCUCCUCUCAGCACGGCGAGAUGUCAAGUCAUUGACAGUAUCGGAUUUGGUACAAUCAGCGAACACGGAUACGCCAGAUUUUUCAACUUGCGCUUCGCAUUGCCUUCUUUGUGCUGUCACAAGCUGUGCCCAUUUUAUUAAAAAUCGCUACUCCAAUUGGUUGUUGGAGAUCAACAGCAUAGUGGGGAGACAUUCAGCGUCGACAUGCCAGUUCUUGUCUGGGCAACCAGUUACUUUCAUUGAUGAGCUGCCUGAUCCACUGAAAACCACAGCUUCAAUAUUGUGUGAUCAGAAGGUGAAAUUAAUGGCUUCCACGAAUUCUUUACACGAAAUUCUCUUUCUCCUCAUUGAAGCGCAGACUCUGUCUUCAGUUAUCAAGCUGCCAUCGGCGUGCAUACAACUACUACGGGGACUUUUAGAUUUCUAA